CAAUGAAAUACACAGAAAAUCUUUCCUCCUCUCUUCAUUAUUAUAUUUUGUAGUUUAUAUUUCAACAUGGUAUCAGAGCAGCCAUUUUAGAUAAGUUUGCCUUUUCAAAUUUCAGUUUAGUCUUUCAUAUCUCAGUUUAGUUUUAAUUUUCAGACUGGGUUCUUUCUCCAAGAACCUGAGUUCAGUCCAGAAUUUUAGAACCUCUAGGCACCACUCUGUCUUACAGAACCUCCUUGUCAGAAACCAACACUCCAGAAUCUUCAGAACCUUUUUUUUCAGAACCUUAGUCCAUCUCUGUCAGGUCCAACCAUCUUCCCUGGCCGGGAAUUUGAUCGGAAGAAUUAGCUAAAAGGGAAGGAAGAAUAUAUUAAUUUUUCAGAAUCAGUUCAUUCUUUCCAGCAAACGAGCAUGAAAAUACAUCUUCGGGCAAUAUAGAAUCUUACCCUCUGCUCCUUCACCAGUUCGUCCAGCCUCUGCCCAAAAUUUCUGAAAUAACAAAGGACGGAUAUCUGUGGGAGGAAGACCGGUGGUUGGUCGCUGGGAACAUCAUCUGUGGAUAUCCGCUCCUUCGUCUUGUUCGCAUAUUUACUGGGGCCUCGCAUCGGAUAUUUUCGGUCGCGCAUCCGCCUUUCACUGAUUGGUCACGCAUUGUACUAGCUUGGAUUUAAGUUUGGAGUGCCCAAGCUGCGUAUUUUAUUAUUCUCCCAAGUCCACACAUGGGAAAGCUGCUGUCAAUUUGAUAGUGGAGUAAUAUGCAAUUACUGCAAGAAGUCCGGGCACCUGCUUAAAGAAUGUAGAAAAUUGUUGUUCAAAAAUCAAGGAAAUCGGCUUCCUCAUGUUGUUUCCGCUGCCAGUUCAUCUGAUGGAUCAAUUGCUAUUUCUUCAGACGAGUAUGCUAAAUUUAUUUGCUACCAAGAAUCUCUAAAGCAUUCAUCUACCCCUAUCUCGGUAGUCGCAAAUUCAGGUAUUUCAAACACAUGUCUUGUUUCAUCAUCCUCAAAAUGGGUCAUUGACUCAGGUGCCACAGAUCAUAUGACUGGUAAUCCUAGUCUAUUCUCAUCAUUUCACUCACAUUUACCUGCUUCCAGUGUCACUUUAGCAGACGGGUCUACCUCACCCGUUCUUGGAUCUGGUACUGUUGUACCAACUUCUACAUUACCAUUAUCGUCUGUUUUGAGUCUUCCUAAUUUUGCAUUUAAUCUGCUUUCCAUCAGUAAAAUCACACGUACUCUUAAUUGUUCUGUAACAUUUUUUCCGGGAUAUUGUGUGUUUCAGGAUCUGUUAACGAAGCAUACUAUUGGUCAAGGACAUGAGUCGGGUGGUCUUUAUAUUUUGGAUACAUCAAUUACAAAAGGUGCUUAGAGACCUAUUUAAGGUGCAUGUGCAGUGAUCAGCCUCAUCAAUGGAGUAGGUGGCUACAACUGACAGAAUGGUAGUACAAUACCAC